AUGCGUGUUUUAGAUUCGAGAUAUGCCAACAAUAUGAAUCAUGUUUAUUAUAUGGAUAAUAAGGUUCCAGAUACCACUACUAAUUUAUUCCGAUCAUUCGACGAUGGCUAUGACACGAAUGCCUAUUUUGCUUAUUAUAUGGAUAAAAAAUUUCCAGCUGCAACUGCUAACAUAUUUCAAUCAUUGGGAGGUGGCUACGACAAAAAUGUGUAUAAUGUUUAUUAUAUGACUGAAAAGCUUCCAGGUGCACAACCUAGUUCAUUCCAACCACAGAUAACAAAACUUCCGUAG